GCACCACUCAUUCACCACCUGGGCAACGUUUACCUGUGCAACCUGAGACCAGUCCGCCCACGCUCUCACGCCCACACGGGAGCCGCCUGUGCCCACCGUGCCCUCCUGCCGCUCAGUGUUGUGUAUUGGCUUGUGCUGUGAGGGCCUCUGCUGUCUCGCCUGGUGAUCCUUCAGGAGUGCCACGCCCUGAGAUUAAGAUGGAGAAAGCGCAACAACAAGAGGAGAAGGACGAAGAGGAAGAGGAAGGGAAAGUGAGAGGGAUCCUUUGUGUCUUUGUCCUCGUGGUGUCCUGUGAGGUGUCCAAGAGGUGAACUUUCUCCCUUGCACUGUAACUCAAGGUCACUGCGUCCCCAACGUGGGUCUGCGACAGGGUAGUGGUCCCCUUCCCUGCAGUCCUUCCCGCCUUGUUAACUCUCGUGGCUGCUGCAGUGUUCCCUCAUGUGCCGGUCAUGUGGUGGUGACUCAAACACGAGGCGAUGUGAUGUGGAGGCUGCUAUUCCAGAUGCUGCUGGACCACCGUAGCCGCAGCGAGGCAAGCCGUAUGGUGUGCGCACGGACCAACGGCGCCACGCCGUUGGUGAUGGCCGCCAAGAACGGGCACCUCGCUUGCGUCGAGUAUCUGGUGGAAAGAUGCGGCGCCGAUCUGGAGCAGGUGGGAUCAGUUGUGUUUGAUGGCGAGACCAUAGAUGGAGCCCCCCCACUAUGGUGCGCCGCAGCAGCUGGCCACCUCGACGUUGUGUCCUACCUGUUGGAGAAGGGCGCCAAUGUCAAUGCCACCACAAAGACCAACUCCACCCCCCUCAGAGCAGCUUGCUUUGACGGUCACUUUGAGAUCGUCAAGUAUCUAGUGGAACAUAAUUCAGACAUCGAGGUUGCCAAUCGCCAUGGCCACACGUGUCUUAUGAUUGCAUGCUACAAGGGCCACUUCGAUAUUGCCAAAUACCUCAUAGAAAUUACUGCUAAUGUGAACCGCAAGAGUGUAAAAGGAAACACUGCGCUACAUGAUUGUGCGGAGUCAGGUUCUCUGGACAUAAUGAAGCUGCUAUUAGACCACAAUGCUAAAAUGGAUGUAGAUUCUUAUGGGAUGACACCAUUGCUAGCAGCCAGUGUCACGGGCCACACACACAUCGUAGAGUACCUAAUCUCACGGACAGACCUGGUCUCCCGCAAAGACAAAAUAGAUGCCUUGGAAUUACUCGGUGCUACAUAUGUUGACAAAAAGAGAGACAUGCUUGGAGCUCUUAGGUUCUGGAAGAUGGCCAUGUCUGAGAGAUAUGAUAAUGGAGAAAUGAUCUACCCAAAGCCAGUACAACAGUCUCCUAUUGCUGCUUAUGAAAACUCUAUAGAAGUCAUGACACUACAUCAACUAGAAGAAAUCAUCUCAGACCCAGAUGAGAUGAGGAUGCAAGCACUGUUGGUACGUGAGAGGAUUCUGGGACCUGCACAUCCAGACACCAGCUAUUACAUUCGGUAUCGAGGUGCUGUAUAUGCAGACACUGGCAACUUUGACCGCUGCAUUACCCUUUGGAUGUAUGCUCUGGACAUGCAGCAAAAGAUCUUAGAGCCCCUGAGCCCCAUGACCCAAAGCUCAUUUGUGUCCUUUGCAGAACUGUUUUCAUUCAUGAUGAGCGAAGCCAAGAACCGGGGAAGGAGGGUACCAGUGGUCAACUUCUGCGAUAUGAUGCGUGUGUUUGAAAAGUGUUUAAGAGAGGUAGAGGUGGGCAUGUCUCAACUCAAUAAGGGUGUCACUAGCUAUGGAGGCAUGCUGGCAAGUGGUGGUGGGGAGCGAGAUACCACCUAUUUCCACCGCACACUGGUAAUCACAAUGCACCUGGUAUGCCUCCUCACCAAACUAGGACCGAGCUUGACACCCUUGCAGUGCCAUGCUAUGAGAAAAGCAGUGUAUGAUCUGGUCCGGUUGGAUCCACGUGGGUCUGGAGGUGUCACUCCACUCCACCUUGCUUGCUCCCGGGACUCCUCAGCCACCAUUGGGAGGUUUCCCAUCUGCACCUUUCCAAGUGCAGAAGUGGUCUCUCUCCUGCUGGAAGUGGGUGCUGACCCUUGUGCCACUGAUCACCAGGGCAACACACCCCUCCACACCCUGGCCAGCAACAAGCAGUGCCGCCGUGACCUCCUCAUGGCCUUGCUCUCAGCUGGCGCUCACCUCGACACCCUCAACCGUUCAGGACAGAGUUUUGCCUCCAUCAGGGCAUCCAGGGGUCAGCGCCUCCACCAGCUGAUCAAUCCCCUGCAACACACCUCCCUCCAGUGCCUCGCCGCUGCAACGCUGCGACGCCAUGGCCUCCUCUAUGAAAAUACAUUACAUCCUCGUCUGUCACACUUUGUUGACCAACACUGAUCUCGGCUCUAAAUAGAUCGGUGGCACCACUCCAUGUACAUAAUUAUAGUGGAUAAGCAUGUGUACAUUUUAUACAUAAUGACAAUAAUAAUCUUUACAUUUGAGUAAAGGCAUAUGUAGCCAUGAUGAAUUGGAAGAUGUGUGGCGUCAUCUCCAAAUGGCAUUAUAUUGUAAGUGGCCCAGCACCUGUGUCACUGGCACGGUUGGUGGCCCCUCUUGGCUGUCACCUGCCUUAGAGGCCUCCUGACAUAGCAGAAUGGAAAUAUUCUUAACAGUUUAUUGUGUAUUUCUUUUUGUGCUCAUAACUGUCAAAUGCACCCCACCUGUAGUCUUGGUAACAGGGCUAAAAGCUAAACUAUUAUUUUUUAAGACUUAUAUUGUUUGUCACCCACAAACUUUGUAUCUUUGCUGAGAAUUGUCCAUAAUGUGAUUGUUGAGAGGUUUGAGGGUGGGCAGUGGCUCAGGGGAGAUGUCAUUCCAGCUUUGUAAGGCAAAGUUGGAAGUGAUUAUGUGCAGAAUGCACCAGGUGCUAUGAUGUGUGUUUUGAGGAAACUUCAUUGCAUAAUGUAUUUUAAAUGUAAUACAUAUUUACUUGACUAUUAUGGAAGAAAUAAUAGUGUAUUUUACUCUUGUAUUUUACUACAAAGCACAGCAUCAAAGCAGCUAUAGCAUUUCUCUUCCACCAGACUAUUUGAAUAUCACUAUCAUAAGUACUUUCUCCAUGGUAACAUAGUGGAUGCAGUAUUCCAUAGAGAAAACUAUCUUUAUGGUCAGUCACUUCAGAUGACAGCAAGAAUGGAAUUCAUUCUUUACAUUGAAUAUUUACAAAAAAUAUACCCAAAUUUGUCUUUUAUUCUCUAGGAAACUUUUUUUAAAGAGAACACCAAAUUUGCUAGAUUUUUUUCUCUCUAAGUGAAAUGAAUAACCCUUCUUGUCUGUGUAGUGUGAGGAAUUCAUUGCCAUAGAACUGCAUGAUAUUCACUUAUGUAUGACCAUGUUAUCAUUCAGCUAAUCAACUUUUCAAGUCACCCGUAAUGAAGAGCAACCUGAACAGCAAAGCCUAAAUUCCUAUUGUGGGGUUCAUCUGUGAUACUAUAUUUUUCUUGCAUUUUUCUUAUAGAAGUAGAAUGACAGUUUUAUACAUGAAAUACCGAUUCAGUCAUUAAUUCCCGAAUCUGUGUUGUGAGGUACUGUGUUGGGUAGCACUAUGAUACAGGAUCUGUUGUUUCCUGCUCAAUCAGACCAGCGACCAUCAGUGCUCCUGUGUGCUGUCAGGAGUCCUCACAGUAAUCCUGAGGUGCUUUCUAGACAAAUCAGUGCAGAAGAAUAUGUUGACUUAAACAACCAUCUUUCCAGAAAAAAAAAUCUUCAGUUUUAUUUAAUUUUUUAUUAUUAAUUUGGUUCGCAAGAAACAAUGAAUGAAUAAUGAUACCUUAUAUGUAUAAUUUUUUAUGUUGAUGUUCAGUGUUUUCUAUGAUGUAACAAGCUGUAUUAUUAUUAUUUUUUUUUUUUUUAUUGUUUAUUUAUUUAUUUAUUUUUUUUUUUAUUAUUUUUUUUUAUUUAUUUAUUUUUUUUUAUUAUUAUUAUUAUUAUUAUUUUUUUUUUUAUUUAUCAAAGGGAUCCAAAUGAAGAUUUUCCAAGCUCUUCAUAAGGUGUGUUGUAAGCAUAUGACAAGUUUCAGUCACCAAAGUUUGAUGCAUGUGUACCAUACUACAGUUAGCAUUUCAUCAUUACAUCAGUAAAUACUUAGAGCCAGGAAUUACAAUGAGUCAUGCUACUGGGCUGAAAUUUACAAAUUUUUACAAGAAUGAAAAUGUUGUAAGAUGCCUAAGCCCUGCCCUCCCUGAAAUGUGGUUGUGUGCUUUUAUAACCAUUUCCACUGUGUUUGCUUGACACUCAGAUGUUUGAGUGAACCUGUGGUGUGGCACUGCCUUGCCUUGCCUUGGGGGUGGUGAGGCUGUCCUGUGUAAUACGGCAUUUUGUCAUGUCCAGUACAAUUUGAAGCUGAUUUUUAAAUGCCAAAUGUUGAACAUUUGUUGUAAAUUUUUAAAUAAUUCAUAGAUAUAUUAUGUAUAAGCAGAUCAUGUCAUGGCUAAAAUUAUGUGAGGCAAUCAUCACCAUUAACUAUGAAUCGGAUCCUUAAACAUUAGUAUUUGAAAUAUGUAAUUGUGUGUGACUUAUGUUUGUAUCACAUACUGUAAGUUGAUAUUCUAAAAGAUCAUUUGUGAAGUCUGCAUCUGAAGAUGCAACACACUUGUAUAGUCAAAACCCAAAGUUAUGGCCCACUCAGCAAGUGGAUGACUGACCUCUUUUGUAUUGGUGUAUGUGUUUGCUUUGCCACAAUGAGCUGGUCUCUCCAGAAGUAGCCCCCAAGUCACCAUCUACAGUAGGGUGAACUGAUAGCUUUGGGUACUGACUAAUUCAAGGGAUAGUUUAAAUUGUUCCUUUGUGGUCAUGUAGUGGUACUUAUUUUACAUAAUUCAUGUUUCAUAAAAUUUUGCAUCUUUUAUCAGAAUUUUUCUAAUUUAAAUCAAGUAUUGCAAAACCUCAUUGUUGGAUUCCAGCUUUUACUAUAUAUAUAUAUAUAUAUAUAUAUAUAUAUAUAUAUAUAUAUAUAUAUAUAUAUAUAUAUAUAUAUAUAUAUACAUUUCAUAACAAUUGGUUCAAAAAAGGAAGUGACUUAAACUCCAGAUCGUGUGGAGAAAAUAGUAGUAUAACGGCAAAAGAAGCAUCAACCAAAUUACAGCAUAUAUAGUGCAAGAAGCUGACUAUUUACUAGUAUAAUAUGAAUUUUUUUCUCCAGUUAUUAAGUAUUAAGCUUUCUUUUUCAUUGGUACUUUUGAGAGCAUGCACCCUGCUUGGUGUAAAAAUUAUUGCAUAACUAAAGUUAAAAUAUUUAACUGAAAUUAAAUUUGAAAGGUCUGGGACAUGGAAUUACACUAUUGAUUCUCUCUCUCUCUCUCUCUCUCUCUCUCUCUCUCUCUCUCUCUCUCUCUCUCUCUCUCUCUCUCUCUCUCUCUCUCUCUCUCUCUCUCUCUCUCUCUCUCUCUCUCUCUCUGGAAAACUGAAAUUUGACAAAGGUUCUGCUUAUGUGACUGGAUCCAUGGAUACAAAAUUAUGUGAAAUUUUAAUCUUUCAAAAGAGAACAGAUUUAAACAACCAAUCUUCCUCCUGCUCUUGCCUUGAGCUUCAAAUAUUACUGGACAAUCUUGAAAAAUGUGUUUCAUGUAUGUUACAGUAUUGGCCCUCAGUGCUAUCAAACAUGGUUGUUAUUUACUUAAUGAGUCACUUUUACCACUUUUAUGAUAUUGAUUGUGAUGUAAUUGCUCAGUGAUGUCAGCAGUGAAGACAUGUCUGGUGUUCAUGAUUCAGUGGUUCAUUUGUCUUUCUGCAGCAAUUCUUGUCAGGAAUAAAUCAAACUGGUUGGUUAGCCUUAAAGAAUAGUGUUCUGUGGUUGUGUAUGAUGUGUAAUGCUUAAAAAGAACAGAGUAAAAAGGAAAUUGAAUUUCAAGACAGCUGCAAGCAAGCCUUCUUUAGAUAAUGAUGGCAGUGAUGACAGUGACAUGCAUUAAUAAAUUUUCUAAAUGAAA